AGAAGAAACGGUGCUUGGUGGACCCGUGUCAUUAGACGCGCCUAUCUCAGAAACCAGGAGUCCUCUUCUCUCUUUCUCUCCCUAAUCUUCAACUUCGUAUCUUAAGCCCAGCGAAUCUGAAUUUUUCUUCAAGACUAACAAUGGCGGGAGCUAACAGUGGAACAAGGCGACAAAAGCCGAACAUACUGAUCACGGGAACUCCCGGUACCGGCAAAUCGACGACGGCUUCUGCUCUAGCCGAAGCCAGAAACUUCAAGCAUAUCUGCGUCGGAGAUCUCGUCAAAGAGAAGAACUUGCACGACGGCUGGGACGAUCAGUUCGAGUGUCACGUCAUCAACAAGGACUUGGUGUGUGAUGAGCUUGAAGAUAUAAUGGAAGGAGGAGGUAACAUUGUGGACUACCAUGGCUGCGACUUCUUCCCCGAGCGGUGGUUUGAUCGUGUUGUGGUGCUUCAAACUGAGAACUCCGUCUUGUAUGACCGUUUAACCAGGAGGGGUUAUUCGGGUACCAAGCUAAGUAACAACAUUGAAUGCGAGAUCUUCCAAGUCAUGCUUGGAGAAGCAAGUGAUAGGUACAAGGAGGAGAUUGUCACCGCGAUGCAGAGUGACACCAUCGAAGAUAUCUCUGACAAUGUGGCGAGUUUGACGGAAUGGAUUGAAUCAUGGAGUCCCUGGGUAAUCAUCAUAUGACGAUGCAUGUUUAAUGGCUAUGAAGUUUGGUUUUUGGUAGUUUCUUUUUUUUUUAUGAAUUCUGCAUUGAUCUUUGUUAGUUUGACCAUUUAUAAGCACAAAUCAGCUCUUGCCAUACCAGCUUAUGUAUGUUCCUUUUG